CAUGUCUCUAAGCCUUGAACCCUAUACAAAUAUUGAUUUUGGUCGAAGAAUUCGAUGGGAAUCGGGUCCCGAAAAUGGACCUUGGAUCACUCUCAGUUUCGUUGAACCACCAGACCAGCAACCGAGUAAUGCAGGCAUUGAAGGGGCUCCCCCUGCAACUGCUUCAGCCAUUGGAGCAUUGCCAAUGGUGAAAAUCAGUGAAAGCCAUGUUACCAACACCAUGCAUUGCCCCAUUUGCAAGGAUGAGUUCGAGAUCGGUGGAGAAGCGAGAGAGUUACCGUGCAAGCAUUUGUAUCACUCGGAUUGUAUCGUGCCAUGGUUGAACAUCCACAACACGUGCCCCGUUUGUCGGUACGAGAUCGACAAUGAGUCUGGUAACGCUCCUGGUGACUACGAAAUGAAUGAGAUUGAUCGUGGGGAUGUCGGUCUUGGUGUUGAAGAUUUGGCAAAUGGCUUAACUUGGUUGCGGACUUGGUUGCUCUCUUCGAGGCCUCUUCGUGUGUUCUCUCAUUGGACUCGCGGAUAUCUUGACUCUCUCGGUAGUAUGAUCAAUGGAAAUAAUUUCUCUCAAAAGGCUAGCUCCUGGUGGCGCUCUUGGCUCAUCCUAUAGGUUAUCUAUAUAUACCAGCGGCCAGGUAUGUAUGUAUAUGUGUAUGUAAAUAUGUAUAUAUAUGUAUAUGUUUUUAGUAUACUAAAUUUCACAUUACAAAAUUGAAAAUAAGUGUUAAAAA